ACAUGACUCCUGGAUCUUCUCUUGCCAAUGCUGCUUAUGUAAUGCCGUGUGGCCGCGCUAAAGUUGUGUGCUGUGGGAAUGUGAGCGCACUUGAGCUCUGUCCAGACGAGAGAGGUCAGCCGCGCCGAUGACUGGGAACCCGGCAGGGCGGACCGAGCCUGCGAGUGCGGGCAUGUUUCCGAAGCGCAGCGUGCAGCCGCUCCUGACCGACUUCUACCAGUUCACCAUGGCUUACGGGUACUGGAAGAGCGGCAGGCAGGGGGAGCGGGCGGUGUUCGAGAUGUGCUUCAGGAAGAACCCCCUCGGGGGAGAGUUCACCAUCUUCGCGGGGCUGCAGGACUGCCUGAGCUUCCUGUCGGAGUUCCAGCUGAGCCAGGAAGACGUACAGUUCCUGCGCUCGGUGCUCCCUCCCACCACAGAGGAAAGCUUCUUCAACUACCUGCUCAACAUCAGCACCUCCGAGGUGACGGUGCGUGCUGUUCCUGAGGGAUCGAUCGUCUUCCCACAGGUCGCGCUGUUGGAAGUUGAGGGUCCCCUGGCCGUUGUUCAGAUCCUGGAAACAUCGUUGCUCACGCUGGUCAACUACGCCAGCCUGGUGGCCACCAAUGCAGCCAGGUUCCGUCUUGCUGCUGGACCAGACAGACAACUCCUGGAGUUGGGUCUUCGGAGAGCCCAGGGCCCAGACGGGGGGAUCUCGGCCUCGAGGUACUCGUACAUUGGAGGGUUUAACGGUACAAGCAACGUCCUAGCUGGGAAGCUGUAUGGUAUUCCAUUGUUUGGAUCUGUGGCGCAUUCUUACAUCACUUCCUUCACAUCAAUGUCAGAGGUGAAAGUUCAGGGUCUCGGGCCUGCGUGCGGGUCUACGCCAGCGCUGGAUUUCGCAUCUCUCUGCAAAGACUGGCUCUCCCGGGUCUGUGAGGUCCUCGAGGUUCCCGAGCGCCAGGUCAACCUGUCCGAGCUUGCGGCCUUCGUCUCCUUCGCCUCCUCGUCUCCCAGGAACUUUGCCGCCGUGGUGGACACCUACAAUGUGACGAGGAGCGGCGUGCCCAACUUCUGCGCCGUGGCUUUGGCCCUCCAUCAGCUCGGCUACCGAGCCCUGGGGCUUCGGCUGGACAGCGGCGACCUGCUCCACCAGUCGCUGGUGGUCCGACGCAUGCUGCGGGUCUGCGCAAACAGGUUUGCAGUGCCCGGGCUCUCAGAGAUGCAGAUCAUCGUCACCAAUGGCAUCAGUGAGAAGGAUCUGAUAAAUCUCCAGCAGCAGCCGAAUGCGGUGGACUCGGUGGGAGUGGGCACUCACCUGGUCACCUGCCCUGCUCAGCCCUCGCUGGGCUGUGUCUACAAGCUGACGCAGGUGAACGGUGACCCUUGCAUGAAGCUGACGGAGGAUGAGGACAAGAUGACCCUCCCGGGGAAGAAGACGGCAUACAGAUUUUUCGGGGCUGAUGGAAGCCCCUUCCUCGACCUGUUGACGCUGGACAGUGAGUCGGUGCCCAAGGCUGGAGAGGAGAUUUGGUGUCACGUCCUGCGUCCCGGAGGAGGGGCUGUGGCAGUCAGGGCGACCAGAGUGGAGCUCCUUCACCAUGUUUACUUCGAGCACGGACGGAUGUCCAGGGAUGCACCCAGCACGACGGAGAUCAGGAGCUAUGCCCAGGUCUCAUUGAACAAGCUCCCUGCUCAGCACAAAUGCCUCGUGGAGCCAGUCCCGUACCAGGUUGCCAUCUCCAGGAAGCUUCACCAGCUGCUGAGCGAGCUGGCCCAGGAGAGGGUCUCGGUCCCCGUGGAGCCCCGCUGCACAGAGUCAAGUUCGGUUCCACGAGGAUACGAAACCAGAUGCGUUCAGAGCCUUAGCCCCAGUCCCCUGGGGAAGGGAAUCAUCGCCUCACUUGUUCCGGGUUCUCAGACAUAGACCAAGGGGCUCGACCUCCCCCCUGCCACUGCCCAUGGGGUUGGCGAUGGUGGGUGUCACGUGACUUCCUGAACCCAUAGCUGCCCCACCCCCUGCUCCCCUAUUGGUCAGCAGUGCAGCCAAUGGGAGAGCAACCAAGCAAUUUCACCUGCAGUGGUUGAUCCUAAAUUGUCGGUUUGCUCGAGUUAUACAGCAGGGGAACUGGCCUUUCAGCCCAUCUGAUUCGUGCCAACCAGUAAGCCCCAUCCAAACUAGACCCAUUUCGCCAUGUUUAACACCUAACUGUUUCACCCUUUCUAAUUCGUAUACCUGUCCAACUGUCUGUUAAAAGUUGUUACACAUAAAACAGUACUGGCCUCUCGGCCCACCGCCUUCUUAACUACUGCAAAACCAAUCCGAUACUUCAUUUCCACAGAGCUCUCCAUUUUCCCUCCAUCCGUCUGCCUACCUAAUAGUCUUUUAACUGCCCCUAACGAGUCUGCCUCUACCAGCACCCCUGUACCACGCACCCACCACUCUCUCCACCGAUCUUGUCCUCACACAUUCGUGGGCUUGUCCAGGUACUGUCUCUGCCUCCUCAGGCAAUGGCCACUGAGUCAGUCACUCCAAGCCUCCUUCCUCGCCCCUUAACCCUCUAAUUAUCAGAGACUGGAAGGGCAUUUAAUGGUGACUCCCCCUCAGAUUGUCAUCUGACCUGCUCCUGUGACAGGUCGUCGCCUGUGUGACACCUCCAUGGCUCGCCCAUUCCGCCCUGGUCCAACCUGGUAGGCCCUGUGCCCACCUGCUGUGCAUGUGGCCUGUUUACAAAACUAAGUUAUUAAUAAAAACACUGGAGACGGGAACUAAGUUUCAUGGUUCUUUACUGGUAGAGUCCAAACUUUGACACACACAUACAUGCCUAAUAGCGCAUGCAACGACGUGUUACCAAAACAUAAAGUAGUCCCUUAUUAUAAUGUAGGCCAUAAGUACACCACCUAUUAUGCCCUCUGGCCUCCAUUCCACCUCGUUCUGACCUGGUAGGCCCCUGUGCCCACCCAUUAUGCCCCCUGGCUUCCAUUAUGCCUCUUGCCUGCCCAUUCCCUUGUACACUGACCAUUUGGUAAUGAACUUGUUAUAAACAAGUUAUAAUGCACUUAUUAUAAACUCCUCUGGUAUCCAUCCCAGUACACUCGUUCAAGUUCAAGUUUAAUUGUCAUUUCAACCACACACCAAUGCCCUUGUGUUGGUGCACCAUGCACCUGUGGAAGUUGUGGCAAAGCAAAGGCUAUGGUAAUAUCCAGGCAAGGAUUGCUUACGGAGAGUGUGCAGACACCCCAGACAAGGGAGGUCCACUCACCCCCUGCUUAGCACUGAGGAUGUAUUCCUCGGAGAUGACGCUGUGUAACUCAGCACUAUGGAGAGUCAUUAUAACAUUACAUAAAUGAACAUGUGUGCCUGAUUUUAAAAAAAUCCAAAUCACCCCUCUUUGCCUUAUCGCUUCACUCCCGGUCAGGGUCAUUAUCGAUGAACUGGUCCAUUUGUGUGAUCGUGAUGAUGCUGGUGCUGAGUUCUGUGGUGAGGUUUCUUGCUGGUGUUUCCUCUUCUCCAUCUGUGUCCUCAGAUUGACCCAGGCGGUGUCAAUCUCUGCCAAUUCUCGAAGCUCUUCAAUAUUAACUGGUAACUUUGAGGUAAUUGCUGCAGAAGCUUUUGUCUUGUCUGCAUUUCUUUUUAAAAUGAUUCUGAUCAUCGACGUAGCCAAUUUCAAAGAGGCGCUAACAUCAACUCGACACUCACCAGCUUCCAAACGCCAUAUCACCUUGCAGUUUCACAUCCAUACUAAUGCCUUUCCCAGACAUCUUCGAUGUCCUUUAUAGCUGUGAAGCUUGGGUAGCCUAAAACCGUCACAUCAAGUCCUUGGAGUGCUUCCACAUCAGCUGCCUCCAGCGCAUCCUGGGAAUUACCCGGCGUGAGCGGACGCCUCACACUGAAAUACUUGUGAAGACCAACUGCAGAAGUAUUGGGGCCAAGUUCACCCAGCGUCAGCUGCAGUGGCUGGGGCAGGUGAUAAGGAUGCCCCCAUGUCGGCUACCCCACAGAGUGUUAUACGGCCAGCUACGUCAUGGUCGACGCUCAGCUGGAGGGCCGAAGAAGCGCUAUAGGGAUCAGCUGAAGAAAGAUUUAAAGAAGUGCGAGAUCAGACCUGAGGACCUGGAGGAUGUUGCUGCCGACCGUAACACUUGGCGACCCCUGUGUAGGGACGGGGUUCGUAUUCUGGAGAUGGAAAGAACAACCAGAAGACAGCAGAAGAGAGCCGGGAGAAAUGCAGCCACGGUUGCCAUCACUACCACAUGUACACGUCCCACCUGCAAUAGAGCUUGUGGGUCCAGGAUGGACUGUAUAGUCAUCAAAGAUCUCCCAGUUAAAGGAGUGGAUGCUGUCAUCGGAUUUUGAUGGACAGCCGGAGAAGAUGUGCAACCCUCACUGCAAGUUACAGGCCUUUUUCCAGACUUAAAGUUGAAAAAAAUGGAAUAAAUUGUUGAGGGAUUAAGAACAUGUACACACGCAGGGGGAGGCUGAGCGUGAAAUAACACGUGAUUGGCUGUGAUGGCUCAGAGCAUAUGUAAAGCUCUCUCAUUGGCUGAUUGAAUGUUUACUGUAAUAGCAGCUGUUAAGUGUUGUUUAUAAUGAUUUUUGUCAUUUAAAAAAAUUUCAAUAAAGAAUUGAAUAACCGUGUUGUAACAAAUCAGAACUAUGCAGGGUCUGAGUGUAUUUGGAGGACAUAGCUUCCCUUUGCUGAGCAAGAGAUUGGAGCCAUUUGGCAUACUGUGACAAGAUGAGGAUGAACAAGAAAUGGGGGCAGGAGUCGGCCAUCCAGCCCCACGAGCCUGAUCGUGGCUGAUCUCCACCUACCUGCCUGUAAUCAAACAACUGGGGGACGAUUACUAACCUCAAAGUAUUAUUGAUAACUUGUAGUUUUUAUUAACUUUUAACGCCUGUAUUUGAAUGGCGAUUGAUGAUACAAAUAAGGAAUUUGAACAUAUACACUUUAUCAAAUGAUCAAUACCCAUAAAUGCUGGUCACUUCUGUAUAAAGGUGGUGGUCUCUUGGUGAGAGGCCAGGCUCUUCUCCUUGUGCACAAGUA